CUGCGAAGCUACGAUUUUUUUUCGCCUUCGUGUCGCACUUGCAAGUGCGUGUUUUUUUGCACAAACAUCUGCUGGCAGCUCUGGGAAUACAUUUCACCGAAUGCAACCGACUGGAUUCCUUCUACGCGCACAGAUCUUACAGGAAAAAAAACCGGGAGGAAAAGAGAGAAUUGAAUUCUUAUACUGACACACACGGUCUCAUCAUCAGUAAAAUAGAUGCUACACUGCUGGUACAGGCGGAGGCAAGGAGUCUGCCUCCCUGUUGCCAAACGCUUAUUUUCAUUCGGAAAUAUAACAUAUUUUACUCAUUUAAAAAGCUUCACUCAUGAUUCCAGAGGAUUACCUUUCUGUGAACAUGGAUAUUUUACGGACGGCUAGGAGGCACAAAGAAGGUAAUGGCUAUAUAUUUAAAUUAUAAAACAACAAUGUUGUGGAAUUUACACAAGUUGAUGUCUAAUGUUGGUAAAUAACACCAAAUGCAUCCCCCUGCAUAUUGCUACACGGCGGACUCGAUUCUCUCGUAGCACAAUAUUUCACUGAAACACAAAUGACAGCUAAACAUUUCUUUAUAUUCUACGACUACAAACAAAGGUCACCCUUCAUUCACUUUGAUUGUUCUCCAUCAUAAAAAUUCCUCGCUAAUCUAUGAAACACCUUAAUAUUCCUGCUGAAUAACCAUUCCUGUUAUUUUGUCAAUACUGAAAAAAAAAGUGGAAAAACCAAAAAAAUAGCAAGAAAAAGAAAAAAAAGUUUCUGCGCAACUGGCAAAGUUGGGUGUGUUUGCAUAUGUAAAAAAAAACGAAAAAAAGAAAUAAAAAUUGUAAUCAAUAUGUAUUAUCUUUCCUCUGUCCUCUACACACCUCUGUAGCCCUAAACCUGUCCUUGUGGCUUGACUACCACAGUAUGUAUGUCAUUGUAAAUAUAUUUAUAACUCGCUUUCUCAUCACAAACGACGUGGACAGCUGUUACAUGCGGCAGGUCGGCUCUCUCUCUUCGGAUCUAUACAACUGAUUGAUUUUUAUUCAUGGAUUACAUUUUGGAUUAAAUCAACUGUUUAUCUAAAAACUAUUUAAAACUGCCGUUUUCUUUCUUUAUUUCUUCUCCGAUGUUCUUUCAAUGACUCUCAAACGAUGAAUGCGUCAGGCGGAGUCCCAGCUAUGGACGGAGCGUUCGAACGGUUUAUCACGGCCGCCAUCGCUACCAUCAUUACUAUCAUGUUUUCUUGGAGACUCUUAACCGAUGUCAACGAGUACGACUCCACCAUUCCCAUCAUUUCCCCUCCACCGCCCAGACUGAAGCAUCUCACAGAAGACAACCGGGAAACAGAUGAUAGUAAUGAUUACGAUAACUUUUCAGACGCUGACGACGAAGCUGAAAUCGAACCCGCGACCUGCCAAUUCAGAACCUUUGCUUUUGCAAUGCCAGCGAGCCGCCAACAUUCCGAUCACAGCAUUCCAGGUGUAACCAGUCAUUCUAACAUUCCGAGUGCAGCAGAGAUGAGCAACGUUCGUUAUCAUUCCACAAACAGAGCUGACGACUGUUAUCAAACGAUGGCGAUACCCAGAACGACAGACAUACCUGGCGGAUGUGCGGAGCAGGAGAUAAGUUAUCAACCUGUCGAGCCAUUAGGCCUGAAGGCAAAUAACACAGCAGUAGCAGCAACUGGUAGUAGUAGUAGUAGUAGUUGUAAUAAUACAGUUACUGCUGCUGCUUCUAGUACAGACAUUAAAGUAGGCAGCACGGUAAGAAGCCACCCUAUUGUAGCUAAGAGAGAGACAGGUAAAACUGUUUUUACGUUGAGUUCCGCCUCGCCGCUCCAACAAGUUGUAUCACCCCCUCCGCUGGAAGGUGUUCACACCAGACCAAGGCUGCCCUCACUUCAGCUCGGCGGCAAUUCUCCUCCGCAAAACCUCCUCGCUUCUGACGACUCGCUAAUGACGACCACACCGAGACGUUCGUCUCACACUUCUAUCGAAGCACCAACAACAACACCACCAUGUCUUUCUUCUUCUUCUACAUCGACAAACGUAAGUCGUUCUUCUUUAACUCAAACGUCGAGUCGUGGAUCUCAGGUGAAGCGACCACCUCCGCCAUUGCCGCCUCGACGACCUCAAGGUAGCGGCGGUGGCGGUGGUGAUGUUACACACACCACUAUUAACAACAACAACAAUAACUAUGAUAAUAUUUCUUCUACUACUACCUCUAUUGCUAGUCCAAAUGACCGUAAUACUAAUGCUACCAACACACACACAUCGACUGGCGAUCAAACUAAAAAACCUGCCGCCGCUCCUAUAUUAGGAAGACGAGCCAUGGCGAACAACAAUAAAAAUAAUGUUGCUAACAAAAACGAAAGCUGUCAGUCCACAAGUAGCAGCAAUAAUAGUAGUAGAGGCAGCAGCAGUAGUGGUAGUAGUACCAGUGGUAGUACCAGCAGUCUUGUGUGUAACCGUGAGUUUCGAAAUAUUGUCGACGACGAUGACUUCAAACAAAUGGUACCCAGCCGUGAAAUGAAUUUCUUUCGUCCAAGGCAUCGAUAUUGCCCUCCGCCGCCCUCGCCGUCCAAUGUCCACUACUACGAUAUCGAUUCCGACUCAGACAGCGACUCCGAAGUUUUCUAUUUCAACGGUCUGGAACCGAUCGAGGAAGAAGACUCAGACGAUCUAUCCUCCGACAGCGAUCGAUGCGAGGAGUACGAAGUGAAAGGAAGCUACCCACCCUCCGUCAUUCACCACGACUACCACGACGACGACAACAACAAUUUUCACACCUUCAACAGAAGCAGCAGCGGCAGCCUCGGCAGCAGCUACAAGCAACCCAGUUCGUUUAGUCUUACAGGUGUUCCAGCACGUGGCAAUGCAGGUCUGUUAUUUUCAUCUCACCCUGGUGACGCUGCUGCUACUACUACCAUCAACAAUCGAACGGCAUCGUUGCUGUCUGCCAGCAGCAGUCAUCAUCAUAAUAAUAAUAUUAGUAGUAGUAGCAACAGCACCAGCAUCAGCAGCUCGCCUCGCCAGCAUGGCAGAAGUUUUACGACUGAAAACAAAAACAGUGAAGCUGCUAAGAUUUGCGAGGGAAGUUCUGUGGAUACGUCCUUCACGUCCCCUUAUGUGUCGAGCAGCGAUGAACCGACGGAGAGAGAAGAGCCGGAGGAGAAAGGCAAAGAAACAAGGCCAUACAGUGUAGUAGAGGAAUGUGACCAACCCAGGUACGAGGAUGACGACACGAGUCGAGAUAAUAACAAUGUCACCUACACACACGCUACAGCGACUGUUGAACAGGCACCCAUUAUAUGUCCACCUAAGCAAUUGUUUAAUGUGCUGCCGUCCUCCACUUCGUCGUUUUCUCUAUCAAACACUCAUUCAACGUCAGUAUUAACGCCGCCAGAACCACCACCGCCGCCGCCGCCAACAACAAUAACAAUAACAACAACAGCUACAGUUGAUAAUGUGAUAUCUACUAAUAACAUUCCAGUCCAACAUAUGUAUAGAGGUAAUAACAAUGGAGAUACGAUAAGCUAUACAUCGAAAGUUUGUGCAGAGGAACAGUCGGGUUUUGUUACGAUGCCUCCUCCUCCUCCAAGUUCUGACCACUACCAACAACAACAACAGCAGCAAGAGUCUCGUGCCAGUGGUUUUGGUCAGGUGGACAAUAUCGAUUCAACAAGCAAACAAACGACAGUUCGGUCGACGGAGGAACUGAGCAACUCGUUGAAGAAAUCCUCGGUGACCGCUCGACCCCUCAGCCAGACCAUCGGCGAUUUAAGUGACACGUCACGUGAUUUGACCACUUACAAUGAAAAUGCACUUUUGACUUUCACAACGUCCACGAACGAACGUUCACAGCGAAUCAAGGACGAUUCCGUAAACCCUGCACAGACUCCUCAAAAGUCUCGGGAGCGAUCUUAUUCCGAUGGCGAUGUCAACCCAGAUGAAGAAACCUGCAGCAGUCCAUCUGAAAGUACUCAUGGUCUUAUGCUCGAUAUCCGAGCUAACGCUACAACGAAAGAGGAAACCGAGUCGUAUGGAGAUGAAUUCCUAAUCAUGGGGAAAAAUAAUCUACAGAAUUUCCAGACUCCUUCACCGGAUGUAUACUGUUCCAACCAAUCCAACUGGCCCAUCCAGCUCUACUUUGAUGCUACCAAAUCCAAUGCUGCCGAGAAUCCACCUCGUGGUUUUACGUUUUCCUACUCGGAGCCGGGCGAAACGGCCUACAAAGCUCGUAGUUAUUACGUCGAGAACUACGACAACAACAGCAACACUUUGAACAACAACAAUGUUCACCAUGAAUAUGAUGACCGUCGGAAUAUGUCAGAGCUUAAUGAGAAUAAUAAUUUAUCUGCAGAUGAUCUAACGUUUACUCCACCAAGGGACUAUGUCGAUAACCCAGUGAGAUUUGCUUCUGAUGAUAUUAAUGUCUUUACAGCUAGCAAGCUUGACAAUGGCCCAGUGAUAAUUACAAGGGCCUUGUCGAUGACGGAGGCUGAACCAAGUAGACAACCUGACAACUACACCAGUCUUGAACAGCAAAACAGAUAUCUGUCAAAUUAUAAGGAACCAGAGAGUAUGGAAACUACAUCAUCUCGAGUACAGCAUGGAGAAGGGAACCAACCACGAAGGACUUACAGCGAACAGGAAGCCGUGGAGAAUGUUUUACAGUACGAUGGAUUAACCGAGAAGGAUUUAUAUAUUAACAAGUAUUCGGAUUACGUUCAGAGUGAUUACGUUACCCUUGUUACUUUGGAAAAAUCAUACCCUGACAUUUUAAAAAAAGGGAGUUUCAUUGAAAAUAGCCAGGAUAUAAAUUCCAAUGAUUACGUUAGGGAGGAGAGUAUGGAAGACAGUGUGUUUCCUGACGUGGUAAAAAAAGAUACAUACCCCGUCAGCUCCUCACAUCAGGGUACUGUCGAUCAUGCACAUGUAUUGACUUUUCCUGAUGUGUUAAACAAAGGAAUCGUUGAAAAAACAGAGGAUGUGAUUUCUGAGGAUUUUACCGUAUUAGAGUGUAAAGAGAAACGACCAUUUCCUGAUAUUGUUGAUGGACAAGCUUACCAUGUUAAUGAGCACGCAGGUUAUGGUCAGAAUUAUUCUGUAAUGCAGGAAGCGGCAGAAAAAACAGGUUUUCCUGAUAUAGUAAAUAGAGAAGAAUUCCAUUUGGACAGACAUUUACAAGAGACUCAGCAGGGUUACACAAUGGAAAGUAAAUUACUUGUUCAUCAAGAACCAAAGGAAGAUAUAAUUAAAAAUGAAAUUCCUGUUGACUAUAGCAGUCGAUUGGAUACAAAAGAGAAACCUAGUUCUGAUUCAACGAGAAAUUCUUCAUACGUAUCACACGUAGAAAUGGGGGCUGUUUUGAAACCCCCAUCUUUGAUAAAAAAUGAGAAUCUGGUUCCUGAUACAUAUUCUUUAACUACAAGUGUUGAUCCUGUAAGAAAGGUAACUGUAUCACCUGAAAGUCUGUCCAGUUCUGAAUUAGGAUUAAAAACUGAACCAGCAGCCAGUGAAGAACUUGUUUCUAGUAUGGACUCUGAAGUAGAAUUUGAAGUGUUCAAAAGCGAAUGUUUAGCCCAUUCCGAGGAUUAUAGCAGUUUAUUAUCCCUUGAAAAGUUGGAUGAGUCAGGUAACAUGUACCCCAGUCAACACGAGAUGUCUUCAAAUAAAGCUGACAGUGAGAAUUAUGAGGGCAGCCUGUCUCUCGAAGAAUACGACGAACUUGCAGACCUCGUUAGUGACCAGCUUAGUCCACCUCUAACAUCAGCCCUUCACAGACCAUUGACAGUUAACACACACAUAGGUGGCAGUCGUCAAGUUCCUUUAGUCCGACGGAAAAUUAAUGCUGUGCGGAAACGAUAUUUUGGCAGCGAAAACAACGUCUCCGAUUUGGUUGAGGAUGAAAAUUCUGUGAGCAACCGAUUUGCUCGAUAUCGCAAAACUUCUCUGAGGGCCUUGAAACGACGAGAUGCUGCUAAGCGUCUCUCUUUACACAAUGACCCGGAGGCAAUACACGCUUCAAGGAUUAGGCCAAGCAAAAGUCUGAGCCACAUCAGUCAACUCUAUUUACGCAGUGAACCUGUAUGUAAGUACCCCCGUCCACCUUUCCAUGAAAUACACCCAGACUGUAUAUUGUCACCUGGCAAUGCGGAUAACCUUGAAGAAUCUAUUCAAGCUGCAUCCAUUGAUAAUCUCGAGUCCUGUUUGUCCCAAUACGAUUCCUUUUGUUCUUUGGUGGAGACGGACAUAGACACAGGGGAAACAACUGAGAGACGGUUCAGUUUUGAUAGUGAAGCUUUUGAAAUUCCUUUCUCUUUUCAGCAAUCCUAUUUCGGCAAGUCAACGAGUCUAAUGGAUCUACGCUCAGAACAGCAACAGGUAAGGCGGUCGACCGGCAAAAGCCGGUUUGCUGACCGAAAUGUACCAAAAUCAAAGAGCAUGCAGACACUUGAAACAAAUCUUGACGAUGAUGAUGAUGAAGAUGACCUUCUAGGUGAGUCAAGUUUUAGGCGAGUACCGUCCAUUCAUGAGCUGAGAGUGUCACGUUCUUUACAAAAAUUAAAUGUUCCGGCUUGGUACAAGAAUUCAAGUGUGUCUCGCAGUGGUAGUUGCAUUCUAAACAGAGACAAUGACUCCAUGAAAUCCUUUGAUUGGAGAUUCAACGCAAGUCUUACUUCAUCUCCAGCCAGCAGCAUCAUUAGCCACCAAGCACCCGUUGUCAUAAAAACACGUGUCACACCCAGCUAUACUCGUUCAUAUUCUGCACCUCUGAAGACCCCUAAAUUAGUGCUGCCUCCAAAGCCGGCUAAUGUUCGACUACCAAGCGAUCAAUUCAGAAACCAAGAAAAGCCAAAAGGUUUGAUGCCAAUUCCAAUAGUGCCCUUCUUAAAGAUCCGGGAAAUGUUUGAGAAGAAGAGUCAAGAGAACAACUCCCAACCGACUUUUCCCGCUCCAGUCAGUCCCGUUUCUAAAACUCCUGUGAAAAAUUCAAAACCAGAACCACCAAAACGGAUAACUCCAGUGAAACCCGAUUCAAUAUCGCAAAGUAAAAAGUCUCCUGUCUCACCUGGAUUUUCUCCGGCUCUACGGAUCGACGAAGCUAUUGAAGAAACGAAUGAAGAAGAAGAACUCAUGGAAGACGCUGUAGAUGCUGUCAGUUAUAGUUAUACCUCGACACAACCUAAUGUAACACCUGUCAAAUAUGAAAUUGCAAACGUCAGUGCUCCCGGACCUGUAACGCUUUCUACUGCUCCACCAUUGACUAACGGUAAUUCAACACAUGUUCCAGAAGGCCGUCAUGUAUACUUCAAUAACAGCCCUAUAGUUGAGACCUGUGCGGAAGUGUCGAAUCAUGAAGUCCACGAACAGUACCAUACUGUUGACCAGGCAGCACCAAUCAUCCGUCGACCUGUAGCCCGACGACCAGUUGAAGCAGACAUACAACAGCAGCAACAACAACAACUACAACAGCAACAGGAUGAGCCAUCAGCUAAAGCAACACUGUCAGAAUCCAAAGCGCCAUCUGAGACCGAGACGACGCAAGACGAUUCGGAGAGUAAAGAGAAAAGCCGAAAGGUUGUGAAAGUAUCCGAACGAGUUCAAAUGUACGACCAGGCAUCAUCGAGCAAGGAGCCAGAGAAAAAUAAGGCAAGCAAAGAAAAAGAUUGGAAACCGAAAAUAUUCAGUUUCCGGGAUAAUAAAGUUGCUAAGAGCCAACCCAAGCAAACACCCCCACAACCACCGCCUCCAAAAGCCAAGCUCCCAGUGCCGUUCUUCCGAAACAGAAAAGAGACCACAGUAUGACCCCUUGACCAGUGUCCAUCAAGGUCGCCCUACGUCCAUCGAGCAGAUCCAGUCUUCGUUAGGCCGGCCAUAUAUUGACCUUAGCUUUCGAAUGCCGUCCCAACCACAGCAACCAAUGCUUGAUACUCUCAAACACUCCCCAUUCUGUCGGCCGGUGUCUUCUGGAGAUGAGCACUGUACCAUAUUUGGGCUAAGCAUCAGUAAAAGGGAUCAACCAGCAGCCCCACUGGUCAACACAGACCUGGGUAGCAGUUACGCUGAGAGUGUCUCCCUUAAUCGAACUUGUAACACCGAGGUUGCUAAUACAGAUGCCAGCUUGGAUGAAGUUCUUGAAAGUCUACUGGCUUUAAGGAACUAAAUCUAUUUCUUUUGUUUUACUGAGAGACCAAAACUGUUUUUAUCACAUACAAAUGCUUGGAGACACUCAGCACUUUCAAACAGUGGAAAUAACUUAGUUGGACUCUAAAACUAACUGGUAGAGGGAGGGGAGGGGGGGAGAUAUUCUUUAUAUAUAUAUUUAAAACAAAAAAAAAAUGUCUUUCUUAAAACUCAUAUUUUUUCUCUCUGUAAAGUAAAAAAAAAAAAAAUAACAAACAAACAAACAAACACAUGAUUACCUAGAUUUAAUUUUAUAUUAACACUGAAAAUAUACUCCACAAAAUUCGCCAUUAAAAAAAAUAUGUAUGUAUACAUAUGUGUAUAUAUAUGUAUUUUUAAAAAAAAAUUUACACUUAAUUUUUUUCGUGACACUUUGUUAAAACAUGUGUCUUGGAAAGGUCACCGCCCAUCGUUAUUUUAGCAGCAUUUCGGUUUUAGGAAAACAAUAAACAAGCAUAAAAAUUAUUCUUUCUUCAAUUUAGUAAUUCUGCAUUUUUGUGUGUGAGAGAGAGAGUGUGUGUGUGCGUUAGUAUAUCUCUGUGUGCUUGUUAAGUGACUCGCAUUUCUUUAGAUUAUAUUUGUAUGGCUCCUCUUGAACUAACGAAAAACACUGCAAAGAUUUCUUUCUCAGGCAUUGUUAAAAAAUAAAAAAAAAAUGUAUGAAUUAAAUUAUUUUAAAAAAUCACAGAUUGAAAACGAAGAUUCUUCUAUCAGCUCUGUAUCGGAAACGUAAGCUAAACCAGAGCAUAAUAAUCAAUGGGGAAAAGAGGGUGAAAAAAAAAAAGCCACUCCCCCACCUCACCUUGAAAUUAAAUCAAGGCGAACGGAUUUUGCAUAAUAUAAUAUUUCUAAAAAUCUAAA